AUGGAUGCAGAACGUCCAAACCUUCUGUGGACGCCUGAAUUGGCACUUCGUUCUAAAGAACAGGUACUUCUAGAAGAUUGGAAGGCUCCAAAUAAGAGCGCCGCAUCUUUGAAACAAAUGGAGAUUCUCACCUCGCCUGCCCCUGCUGAUCUGACGACAUGGACUACGUUGAAACCAAAUCCUGCUGUGGUACUUUUUUACCAAGCGCAUCUUAGCCCGCCUAUUCCAUCCAUGGAGGAGAUUGACGAAGCAACUGCAAAGAGUUCUCUUCAUAAAGAUCUUCACCUGCACAACGAAGCUGAGAAUCUGCUUUUCCUUGCACAAAAGCGUCCUAAGCUGCGUAUACCUACUGUUUUGGCUGCCUGGUCAACUACAUCUAUAACCGGUAGCGCAAUAUAUUGCCUAAUGAUGAAUUUUAUCGAAGGCAUCCCCUUGGACCAUGAAGAGUUUGCAGGAUUGCCGAUACAUGCGCAGAAUAUCAUUUGUGCCAAGGCAUCAUCACAACUUCGUUAUCUGCGCGAGCUUCCAUCUGAGGGAUACUACGGACGGGUUCAUAAAAAAGGGUGGUUGUGCCCGCCAACAGGCUUGAACUCAAAUACAAGCUCACACAGAAUGGUUGUCGGGCCGUAUCAAACCUACGAAGAAUACUGUGCAGCUGUCUAUCGUAGUUCGCAAGUACAAAAGGCCGCAAGCUAUUCUUGUGUAGAUUGGCCCUCAAAGCACGCAGAAUUAAUGGCGCGGCUCAUAUCUGUCUUCCCUGGCUGGGGACCCCAAGAGCCAAAGCUCACAUGGAUGGAUCCAAAGAUUGCAAACAUCAUCGCUCGACAGGUCGAAGGAGACAACGGAGGUGAAGACUGGGAAGUUUUCUUGAUUGACUGGGAGUGUCUCGGGUGGUACCCUGCUUGGCUCCAAGGGCUGCAAGUGGAUUCCUGCUGCAAUAUCAUGCUUCGCGAUCCUGAGCAGCCAUCAGAAUUCCAUCCGUACAGAAGUUCGGAAAUCAAAGGGAGGGUAAUGAAGGAUUUCGAUCCCGAACCAGAUUGGGAGAGGAUAGCCAUGGUCCACAGCCUACACUGGGUCUUUUAUUAA